AUGGCUGCCGACGAUAUCGACCAGCGCCUUUGUGAGGAACAACCCCUCCUGCAGCCUUGGAAACCACCCAAAGGAUUCAUCUGGAUCCAAGUCGCCAUCUUCGCCAACGUCUUUCUCGCCGGGUUCGAUGGCACCAUCACCGCCUCGACCUAUGCGCUAAUCAGCUCCGAGUUCAACGCCGCCAACACCGCGUCCUGGCUGACGACCUCUUAUCUGAUCACUAGCACUGCCUUCCAGCCUCUUUACGGCCGUUUCUCUGACAUCUUCGGAAGACGUCCCUGUUUCUUCACUUGCACCGUCUCUUUUCUGAUCGGCUGUUUGGGCUGCGCGCUCGCUCGGGAUGUUCUCUUGCUGAAUGUCAUGAGGGCACUGACUGGGAUUGGUGGAGGGGGAUUGAUGACUAUGGGUACAUCCCUUUCCUUCCUUUACUUUCUUUCUUUCGUUAAUUCAGCUACUAUUUUAGCCACCAUCAUCAACUCCGACAUUAUCCCCUUCCGCCAUCGAGGCAUGUACCAAGCUGCGCAGAACGGUCUCCACGGCUUUGGGUCCAUCUGUGGCGCCUCCCUGGGUGGUGUGAUUGCAGACUCGGUCGGCUGGCGCUGGUGCUUUCUCCUGCAAGUCCCCAUCUCCGUGUUCGCUCUGGUGGUUGGCUACUUCGUCAUCCAGCUCCCGGGGCAUGCUGAUCACGCCGACUCCCGCGGGCUCCGCGGUGUCUGGCAGCAAGUCGAUCUCUCUGGAGCCCUGCUGCUCGUCCUCGGGCUGUCUAUCCAGCUGGUCGGGCUCAGUCUGGGCGGCAACGAGCUGCCUUGGGAUAAUGUCUGGGUGAUCACAUCGCUCGUCGCAAGCGUCGUCCUUCUUUCUUUGUUUGUGGUCGUGGAAGCCUUCACCUCGGCUGUCCCGGUUAUUCCUCUGAGAAUGCUGCGCGGCGUCUUGCCGGUAUGCACGCAGAUUGCCAACGUCUGUGUCGGGAUGGCGGCGUAUGCAUACCUGUUCAUGCUCCCCCUGUUCUUCCAGGUCGUCCUGUUGGAUUCUGCCAGCAAGGCCGGCGCCAGACUGGUUAUUCCAUCCCUGGCAACGCCGGUUGGCGGCCUCAUUGCAGGCAUCGUCAUGUCGCGCUGGGGCAAACUGGCCUAUCUGGUGCGGGCUGGCGCGUUUUUGAUGUUUCUAGGUAAUCUGCUCGUCAUGCUUCUCCGAUUUCACGAUGCCAGCUGGAAAUACUUUGUGUUCGUGUUUCCCGCCAAUCUCGGACAGGGCAUCGUCUACCCUGGGAUUCUGUUCAGCUUCCUGGCGGCAUUCGACCACGCAGGUGUGCACGAACCCCCCGUGAGCGCGAAGGACACGCUAACGUCCUAG